AUGUCAUCCCUAAAGCAAUUCAUUCGAAAUGUCCGAUCAGCCAAGACCAUUGCCGAUGAACGUGCAGUCAUUCAAAAAGAGAGCGCCGCCAUUCGAGCCUCGUUUCGAGAGGAGAGUCACGACUCCGGUAUCCGGAGGAACAAUGUCGCCAAGUUGCUGUACUUGUUCACGCUCGGAGAGCGGACUCACUUUGGCCAGAUUGAAUGUUUGAAACUACUUGCCUCACACCGAUUCGCCGACAAGCGCUUGGGCUACCUGGGGACUAUGUUGUUGCUGGAUGAGAAUCAGGAAGUCUUGACACUUGUGACCAACUCUCUGAAAAAUGAUCUGAACCACUCCAACCAAUAUAUCGUCGGUCUCGCUCUCUGCGCCCUCGGAAACAUUGCCUCCGUCGAAAUGUCCCGUGAUUUGUUCCCCGAAGUUGAAUCCCUCAUGUCUACGGCCAACCCUUACAUUCGCCGCAAAGCCGCGAUUUGCGCCAUGCGCAUAUGUCGCAAGGUUCCAGAUCUAUAUGAGCACUUCCUCGAGAAAGCCAAGAACCUCUUGUCCGAUCGCAACCACGGUGUUCUUCUUUGUGGUUUGACACUAGCGAUUGAUCUGUGCGAGGCGGAAGAAGACGAAGAGGAAGAGGGUGGGCCGGAGGGCGUGAUUGAAAUGUUUAGGCCGCUGGCUGGAGGACUAGUUCGCGCUCUGAAGGGUCUCACGACCUCCGGAUAUGCUCCUGAGCAUGAUGUAUCCGGUAUCACAGAUCCCUUCCUCCAGGUCAAGAUCCUUCGAUUCCUGCGUGUUCUAGGUCGGGGAGAUCUCGCCACUAGCGAACUGAUCAACGAUAUCCUGGCCCAGGUGGCCACCAACACAGAUUCCUCUAAGAACGUGGGUAACUCCAUUCUAUACGAGGCUGUUCUCACGAUUCUGGACAUCGAGGCCGAUUCGGGAUUGAGGGUGCUGGGCGUCAACAUUCUCGGAAAGUUCCUGGCUAAUAAAGACAAUAACAUUCGCUACGUCGCGCUCAACACCUUGAACAAAGUGGUUGCAAUUGAACCGAACGCGGUGCAAAGACACCGCAACACAAUCUUGGAAUGUCUGCGGGAUCCUGAUAUCAGCAUUCGCCGGCGAGCGCUUGAUCUCAGCUUCAUGUUGAUCAAUGAGGGUAAUGUGCGGGUGCUGGUGCGAGAGCUGUUGGCCUUCUUGGAGGUUGCCGACAACGAAUUCAAGCCGGUGAUGACAACACAAAUCGGCAUCGCGGCUGAUCGGUUUGCGCCUAACAAGCGUUGGCACAUGGAUACCAUUCUGCGUGUUCUCAAGCUGGCUGGGAAUUACGUCAAGGAACAGAUCUUGUCGUCUUUCGUCCGUCUCAUUGCUACUUCCCCCGAUCUGCAGACCUAUGCGGUGCAAAAGCUCUAUUCGUCACUGAAGGAGGACAUCUCACAGGAGGGCCUCACACUAGCUGCUACCUGGACUAUCGGUGAAUAUGCCGACAGUCUACUCCAGGGUGGUCAGUAUGAGGAGGAGGAACUGGUCAAGGAGGUUCGAGAGAGUGAUAUCGUUGAUGUCUUCACCAACAUUCUGAAUAGCACAUAUGCUACUCAGAUUGCCGUCGAAUACAUCAUUACUGCAGCCAUGAAGCUUACAGUGCGCAUGUCCGAUCCUGCUCAGAUUGAACGUUUGCGCCGCCUUCUCUCCAGCCGGACUGCAGACCUGAGCGUCGAGAUUCAACAGCGCGCUGUUGAAUAUACCAACCUCUUCGGCUAUGAUCAAAUCCGCCGCGGUGUUCUCGAACGGAUGCCUGCACCCGAGAUUCGUGAGGAACAACGGGUUCUGGGUGCCCCCACCACCAAGAAGCGCCAGAGUAAGGUCCUCCGCAGCAAGGCAACAACCAAGGCUGCCAAACCCGCGGAGCAUGACCUGCUUCUUGAUUUGGUCGGCGGCGAUGCCCCCGUCACAAGCCCGACUUCGAACGGAUCAAACACCGCCGAUCUGCUGGCAGACAUUCUCGGCGGAGACUCGGGUUUGUCAUCCCCCUCACCAGGCCCUGCAGCCCAGCAAAAUCCAAACAGCGCCAUCAUGGACUUGUUCGGUUCAAAUGGCCCGUCCCCAUCUCCACAGCCAGCACAGCAAUCAUCUGCAUCGAUGGAUCUUCUAGGUGGUGGAAUGGGUGCCUCUGCACCCUCGCCAUCCGCCUCCCCCGCUCCUGUCUCUGCUUCCACCCCCGCGCACACUGCCUUGAACAAGGAUGGUCUCGUCCUCACUCUGCAGGUUCAGCGCAGCGGUCCCAAUGCCCAGAUCAUGGCCCGAUUCCGCAACGAAUCCAACUUCGACCGUUUCACUAGCGUCGGCCUUCAAGCUGCUGUGCCAAAGAGCCAGCGGUUGCAGCUGAGCGCAAUCAGCAAGGCCGAGCUGGACGCCGGCGACGAAGGCACACAGUCAAUGCGUGUGACCGCUCUCAACGGGGCCCUCCCUGCCAAACUUCGUCUUCGUCUCCGUGUCAGCUCCGCUCGUGAUGGCGGAGAACCCGUCACUGACCAGGUGGAUUGGUCCGAGCCAUGA